UUUAUGUAGAUAUGGGAUACAGCCGGUCAAGAACGUUUUCAGUCAUUAGGAGUGGCAUUUUAUCGCGGUGCUGAUUGUUGUGUAUUAGUAUUUGAUGUAACGUCGCCUGGAUCUUUUAAAUCUUUGGACGGAUGGCGGGAUGAGUUUUUAAUACAAGCAUCACCAUCUGAUCCAGAUCAUUUCCCUUUUGUGGUCCUAGGAAACAAAGUUGACUUAGAUAAUCGAUCUGUGUCCACUAAAAGGGCUCAGCAAUGGUGCCAGAGCAAGAAUGGUUUACCAUACUUUGAAACAUCUGCUAAAGAAGCAGUCAAUGUUGAACAAGCUUUCAAAACGAUAGCACGUAAUGCAUUAGCUCAAGAAUCAGAUGUAGAGUUGUAUAACGAAUUCCCAGAUCAAAUAAAAUUGGAUGGAGGUUCUACAGACAACAGAUCUUCGGGUGGUGAUAAUUGUGCUUGCUAAUGAUAGUAAGUUACUACAUUUCCUGGAAUAUUGCUGUCUAUUAUCAACAUACUCCUUGGCUGUAUUUCUAACAAGAGUCUCAAGGUUAUUAUUGUCUGGAGUAAAAUUUUAUUUAUAUAUAUAUAUAUAUAUAUAUAUAUAUAUGAAUU